AUGUCCUCAAACACGCCGCCCGACGGCGGCAAGACCAACGGAAUACCCAUAAAGCCCGUCUCCCUCUCCUUGGGCUCCUCAAAAGCUGCGCCCAAAAAGCCAGCGCCCAGCGCAACGCUCGUGCGCCGCCCACACCGAAGCCUCCAACAUCAUGGCGACUCCGACUCCGACUCAGACGGUGGCGACAACGAACCGGCCUUUGAAUCCGUCACGGGCUUCGACACACUUACAGGAAAGACGAUUGGCGCUUCGACCGCGGAAGAGAAGCAGCCGUUGACGAUUCCUGUGGCAAGCGGGAACAACUGGCGCGAUCGGCCGGGUGUUGUGAGGAGACCGAAGAGCAAGAAAAAUUUACUGCCGAAGGAGGUGCAGGCGUUGCAGGAGGCGCAGAGGAAGGGAGAAGUUCCCGGAGAUGGCGAUGCUGUUGGGCCCAGUAUGGAGUAUGGGUUGAGCUUUGCGAAGCAGUCGCAGCCGCAGGGUGAGGAGGGUGCUACGGAUCAGAAGAUGGAAGAUGCGGCGCCCGUGGCUGCUCAGCCUGCUGAGGAAACGAAGCCGCUCACGGAGGACGAGAUCGCGUUGCGGGCACUUGUGGGGGAAAGUAAAGGGGAGGUGGAGCGGAGGUCGGAUCUGGUUAUUGAGUCGAGGCGUGCGGGGGAGGAAGAGGAUGAAGAGGAAGAGUACUACGACGGGCACAAUAACGAAACGAGGUCCUUCCGGGCGGAUGUUGCGGCGAGGCCCGAGCCCGCGACGCUGGACCAGUAUAAUGCUAUUCCUGUAGAGGAGUUCGGCGCUGCCCUGCUGCGUGGUAUGGGCUGGAAGGAGGGCCAAGCUGUUGGGAAGGGGAAUUACGGUAGCGGGGACUCCAGCCGGGCGUCUACACCGCAUGUCCCUGCUCGCCGUCCUGGGUUUCUAGGAAUAGGCGCCAAGGAUGUUUCCAAUGGGAAAUCAGAGGUUGAGUUCGGCGCCUGGGGCAAAGCAGCCAUGCGCAAGGGGGCCAGGAAAGCUGGAGAGCCACCGAAGAACGGCGAAAGCAAUACAGAAGGCGUUUACAUGCCUGUGCUCAUGCGGAACAAGAAGACCGGCGAGACGAUCACGGAGGAAGAACUCUCGGUUAUGGCAAAGGAAGCCAAGAAACGGGAGGAUAGUGACGACUGGAAGGAGAGGAGGGAUCGAAAUCUCGAACGCAGUGGACGUGAUAAGGACCGGCAUCGGGAUCGUGACCGCGAUAGAGACACCCGGCGUCUAGAGUACGACGAUGAUGAUCGGUACGAGGGUCGGCGGAAUGGAUCAUCUCGAAGGGAUCGGAGUCGCUCGACGAGUGAUCGGCAUUCUAGACGGCGGAGAUAUGAGGAUGAGGAUGGCGAGGGACGAGAAGAUCGAUAUUAUCGUGAACGAGAUCGGGACCGCGAGCGUCGUUCAGACCGCGAUAGGGACAGAGACCGAGAUCGAAGGAGCCAGAAAUACUAUGACGAUGAUAGGCACAGCUCACGACACUCAUCAUCGAAGGAGUCUAGCAGACACAGAGAUCGGGAUAGGGACCGGGAUAGCGAUCGCGAUUCUCAUCGGCGAAGGAGAUAG